GCCUUGCGUCGCGCCGCGGGCACGUCUCUGCGCGUCCUCAGUAUUUAAUGUCUCUGUGCUCCACGGGUCUGGGCGAGCACGUGGGGGAGCGGCCGGAGUGCAACGCUGUGGGGCCGGCCUGGCAGAGGGGCAGAGGCGGGGGGGGGGCCGAGGGGCCGGGGGGCGGCGGCGGCGGCGGCGGCGGCGCGAGGACUCUGCAUCCCGACGGUCGCCGAGGAGCUGAUAUAAUUGCUUCAGGCCUCCAGGAUGGCGAUCCAGUUCCGCUCACUUUUCCCCUUGGCACUGCCUGGAGUGCUGGCGCUCCUUGGCUGGUGGUGGUUUUUCUCUCGUAAAAAAGAGCACAUCAGAAGCCACAACAAACAGAUGGGGACCAGCGCUGUGAAGCUGAGGGCUGGCCCUGCCGCGGAGGAAGCGGUCCCCGUGGAGGACCCGUCUCCCGGAGCAGCGGCCCCGCCCCCCGGUGCCGCCCAGCCGCCUGAGAGGGAGCUCCCCACCGCCAGCAAGCCCCCUGGGGAGCCGCCCGCCCUGCUGCGGGCACACCCGGCCUACCGGCGAUCAGAGUCCUCGCGCGGCCUUCCCAGCACCGCGGACACGAGGUUUCGUCCAGGACCACGCAGAGAGGACAGUGCAAGGAUGGAGCUCGCUCUGACGGGUGACGAAGCUACGUCUGCUCCUCUAGAGUGUCCCCUGCCGUCCCCAAAAGGCGUUCCGUUCCCCCACGAAGCGGCUGAGGUGUGUAAUCGAGAGACCGUGAUGGGCAGGCCGGCAGGGUGGCGCCGGCAGGGCCCGCCUGCAGCCCCCGCAGAGAAGGUGGGCCCCGGGGAGAAGACCAGGGAGAUGGGUGGCGCCGAAGGCACAGGUGACGCGGUGAUGGGAGAAAACAUGCUGGAAGAAGGUCCCGUGUCCCGGGAGCAGGGCCCCGAGUUGCCGAGCAGCAGAGCCCCCAGCCUGGCUCCCUUGGGAGGAGGGGGAGAGAAGGGGAGGAGCAGCCUGCUGGCGGUGGGCGAGGACCCCGUGGGGCAGUUGCUGAGUAGCUUCGUGGAGUCGGCCCACGCGGAGCUGGUGACGCCCGAUGAGACGCCAACGCCCCGGGUCAGGGGGAGCAGAGGCUGGGACGGAGACUUCAGCCGCGAGCUGGGCAAGGAAGAGACCUUGGACAAAAACGAGAAGGUCGAGCAGGCUGCCUUCCAGAUCAUCUCCAAAGUGAUCUUGGAGGCCACUGAGGAGGUGCUGACCACCACGAUGGGCAGGAUCGCGGGUCGGAUGUAUCAGGCCUCGGCUGCUCAGCCCCAAGGGCCGAAGGAGGAGGAGAGCUGUGCCCGAGCCAACCAGAAAACUGCCCUGGGCCAGCGUGCCGCGGAGCCUGCUCUGGCCACAGCGGAGGCAGCCACGGGCCCGGUGGGCUCCGCCCUCCCCUCCGCAGACCUGCUGGCAGAGGAUCUGCCGCCACCAAAGACCUACGUGAGCUGCCUGACCAGCCCUCUGUCCAGCCCCACCAAGGACAGGAAGCCAAAGAACUCCACACACCACAUCUCCCUGGCCGCCCGCCCUCCACCGGCUGCCCCGCUUGGAGAGUCACUGGACGAGGCAAGCAUCCUGGCAGAAGAUGCCGCUUGUGUCACCUGCAUGUCCAACAACGGCCAGGGUGUCCCCUCAGUGGCCUCCUCUGGGCAGUGCUCAGAUUCUGUCAGCACUUUGGGGCUCGAAGACUCUUGUACAGAGACCACCUCCAGCCCCAGGGACGAGGCUACCACCCCGCUGCUGCCAGAAAGUACUGUGCCCUUCAGCAACGGGGUGCUGAAAGGGGAGCUGUCGGACCUGGGGGCUGAGGAUGGAUGGACCGUGGAUGCGGAAGCAGAUCAUUCGGGAGGUUCGGACGGGAACAGCAUGGAUUCGGUGGACAGCUGCUGUGGCCUCAGGAAGCCUGACGGUUUCCAAAAUGCCCAGGCAGGCUCCCAUCCCAAGAAGGUCGACCUCACCGUCUGGGAGAUCGAGGUGCCUAAGCACCUAGUUGGUCGGCUGAUUGGCAAGCAGGGACGGUAUGUGAGUUUUCUGAAGCAGACAUCUGGUGCCAAGAUUUACAUCUCAACCCUGCCAUACACCCAGAACAUCCAGAUCUGCCACAUAGAAGGCUCUCAGCAUCAUGUGGACAAGGCACUGAGCUUGAUUGGGAAGAAGUUCAAGGAACUGAACCUCACCAACAUCUACGCUCCGCCACUGCCUUCUCUGGCACUGCCUUCUCUUCCAAUGACUUCCUGGCUCAUGCUCCCGGAUGGCAUCACUGUGGAGGUGAUCGUGGUCAACCAGGUCAAUGCUGGGCACCUGUUUGUGCAGCAGCACACACACCCUACCUUCCAUGCGCUGCGCAGCCUGGACCAGCAGAUGUACCUCUGCUACUCUCAGCCUGGAAUCCCCACCUUGCCCACCCCAGUGGAAAUAACGGUCAUCUGCGCUGCCCCUGGCAUGGACGGUGCCUGGUGGCGAGCCCAAGUGGUGGCCUCCUACGAGGAGACCAAUGAAGUCGAGAUUCGCUACGUUGACUACGGUGGAUACAAGAGAGUGAAAGUAGACGUGCUCCGGCAGAUCCGGUCUGACUUUGUGACCCUGCCGUUCCAGGGAGCAGAGGUCCUUCUGGACAGCGUGAUGCCCCUCUCAGAUGAUGACCACUUCUCACCUGAGGCGGAUGCAGCUGUGAGCGAGAUGACGGGCAAUACAGCACUGCUGGCUCAGGUGACGAGUUACAGUCCAGCCGGCCUUCCUCUGAUUCAGCUCUGGAGCGUGAUUGGAGACGAGGUGGUGUUGAUAAACCGGUCGCUGGUGGAGCGAGGACUUGCUCAGUGGGUGGACAGCUAUUACUCGAGCCUCUGACCCCGUCCCCACGCCGCUACUGGAGUCUUUUUUGCACUGUUGAAAUUGGGCUUGGUACUCAAGGCAAAGACUUUACAUCAGAAUUAUAAACAUUUGUCCUCCCCAGAAAUCCUUUCUUUCUGUACUGUAGUCAUGUUGAGAUGUUUCGUCUCUGAGGCAAGGAAAGAACUGUGGGUUCUUUUCAAAGCCAUAGAUAGCAUGGCGUGUAACAAGCCAGUCUGCUUAACCUGGUUACAAGCUGUUUAUUUAAAAAAAAAGUGGAAGGAAAACUGUCUCAACUAGGUUGUCCGGCCCCCCUCCAUUCCGUUCCUCCCUUAUUCCUAUUUCCUCCCCUCCCCAAACCCAAACCCCUGUAGCAGACAGGCCAAGGGAGGUGUUGCUUGUGGGGAAGGGUUUCUUUUACCUUUAGAGUCUCUCUUCAGGGAGCAAGACAUGAACUGACUGAUGGGCAUCGAUCACUUGUACAGCUUACAAAUGAAUUUAU